UCCGGGAGCGCGCCGCUGCUACUGCUGCCGCGGCCGGACUUUGGCCGCAGCGGGACGGGGCAAACGCGGCCGGACGGGGCUCUGAGCAGCCGCUCCCACGCCCGCCGGGACCGGAGCUCUGCCCAGCGAGGGAACGCCGCCGGGCACCGGCCCAUGGGUGCGGACACUGCGCUGUGCGGGCCCCGAGACGGCCCCGCCGCGCCUCGGGACUGGAACCAGACAUGGCAUACAAACAUCCCAGGACUGCCCUGGUGCUUCCAGAGCUCCAUCAUUGCCUGGAUCCCUUGUGCCUAUCUUUGGAUCUGUUUUCCUUUCUACUACUGGUACCUUCGACACAGAAACAAAGGCUAUAUCAGGAUGUCCCACAUCUUCAAAGCCAAAAUGGUCCUUGGAUUCAUCCUGGUAAUACUGUGUUUUUCUAAUGUCUUCUUCAUGGUGUGGGAGAAAAGCCAAGGAAUCCCACAGACGCCAGCACUCUUCAUUAGCCCUGCUGUGGUGGGAAUCACAACGGUCCUUGCCUUGUUCCUUACCCAAGCAGAAAGAAUGAUGGGCAUCCAGUCUUCAGGGGUCCUAUUGAUUUACUGGCUGCUCUCAUUUGUGGCUGCACUUGUGAUGUUUAGCUCCAAAAUUCAACAUGCCCUUGAAAGAGGCUUCCUGGAAGACCAUUUCCACCAUGUUACCACUUACCUUUAUGCUGGCCUGGUGCUAGGAGAACUUGUGUUAUUCUGCUUAAUUGAUCACCCUCCCUUCUUCUCUAAAGCUGACAACAAUCCUAAUCAGUGCCCAGAAGCCAGCAGCUCUUUUCUUUCCAAAAUCACAUACUGGUGGUUCUCUGGGCUCCUCUGGAAGGGCUCUCAGCAGGCCCUGGGGGUGGAUGACUUGUGGCCAGUGAGGAAACAGGACUGCUCUGAAGAAAUUGUUGCCUGGGCAGAAAGAGAGUGGAAGAAGUGUCACAGCAGAAGCCAGCAGAAAAUGGAGUCUGCCACAUUUAAAAAGGGUCAGAAAACUAAAACUGGUAUAGCAGAAGCUGAAGAGACAGAGGCUCUACUACAAUCCAAGCAAAGUCAGAGUGGGCCCUUACUGAGAAUGUUUUGGAACAUGUUUGGAACUUAUUUCCUUCUCAGCACUGUCUGCUUAGUUAUCUGUGAUGUCUUCUUGUUCUCCACCCCAAAGGUACUGAGCCUUUUCCUGAAGUUCAUUGAAGAUGAGGCAGCCCCAGGCUGGCUUGGCUACCUCUAUGCCUUCAGCAUGUUCCUGCUGGGCUGUCUGCAGACUCUGUUUGAGCAGCGCUACAUGUACAUGUGCCUUGUGCUGGGGCUGAGGCUCAGAACUGCCCUGACAGGCCUUGUGUACAGGAAGAUCCUGGUUAUGUCAAAUGCCUCAAGGAAAGCAGCAACCACAGGUGAAAUUGUUAAUCUGGUAUCUGUUGAUGUGCAAAAACUAAUGGAUCUGAUUAUCUAUUUUAAUGGGACCUGGCUGGCUCCUAUUCGGAUUAUCAUCUGCUUUGUCUUCUUGUGGCAGCUUCUAGGGCCAUCUGCUUUGACUGCAAUUGCUGUAUUUCUUUUUCUUUUGCCUCUGAAUUUUGUGAUCACCAAGAAGAGGAGUCAGUUUCAGGAAAUCCAGAUGAAACAUAAGGAUGAGAGGGCCAAACUCACCACUGAAAUUCUCAGCAACAUUAAAGUAAUCAAACUGUAUGGCUGGGAGAAAACCUUCAUGGAGAAAUUAUUUGGAAUCCGAAAGCAAGAACUUCAGGCCUUAAAAAGAUCUCAGAUUCUCUUCUCAGCAUCCCUGGUUUCUUUCCAUUCAUCAACUUUCCUGAUCACCUUUGUCAUGUUUGCUGUCUACACCCUGGUGGACAACACACACGUGCUGGAUGCUGAGAAGGCCUUUGUGUCCUUGACACUGAUCAACAUCCUCAACACUGCCCACUCCUUCCUGCCCUUCUCCAUCAACGCUGCUGUCCAGGCCAAAGUUUCCUUAAACCGUUUAGCAGCUUUUCUGAAUCUGGAAGAACUGAAUCCUGAGAGCUCAAGCAGAAACACUUCUGGCUGUGUACAGGCAAGUAUCACCAUAAGAAAUGGGACUUUUUCCUGGAGCAAAGAAACUUCUCCUUGUCUUAGAAGCAUAGAGCUGAGUGUGCCCCAGGGCUCUCUGCUGGCUGUGGUUGGCCAGGUGGGUGCAGGCAAAUCCUCCCUGCUGGCAGCGCUGCUGGGCGAGCUGGAGGCCACCGAGGGCUGUGUGACCAUCAAGGACACUGCAGCUUAUGUGCCCCAGCAAGCUUGGGUUCUAAAUGCUUCAGUGGAAGAUAACAUUCUGUUUGGGAAAGAGAUGGAUGAAACCUGGUUCAACAGAGUGACAGAGGCUUGUGCACUGCACCCUGAUUUGGAGACCUUCCCUGCAGGGCAGAAGAGUGAAAUAGGAGAAAAGGGAAUCAAUCUGUCUGGGGGGCAGAAGCAGAGAGUGAGCCUUGCUCGGGCCGUGUACCAGCGGGCUGCCAUUUACCUGCUCGAUGACCCCCUGGCAGCUGUGGAUGCCCACGUUGGGCAGCACAUUUUUGAACAUGUUCUUGGACCCAGUGGUUUACUGAAGGACAAGACUCGUGUGCUGGUGACUCACACAAUUAACAUUUUGCCUCAAGUGGACAAUAUUGUUUUUCUGGUGGAUGGAAUGAUCUCAGAAUCUGGUUCCUACCAGGAACUUCUACAGAGAAAUGGAGCCUUUGCAGAUUUUCUUCGUUCACACAUUACUGCAGAAGAGAAGGCACCUGCUGGUUUUCCAGCUAUGGGAGACAUCAAAGGCACUGUCACCACUGGGAAUGGUCCAUCUCAGCAGAAACCCCUCAGUGGUGACUCAGUAAAAUCUGCUGUGGGAAGGGAGAGCACUCCUGUGAGCCCAGCCUGCACCAGUGCUGCAGCCAGCAGUGGAGGAUUAACCAAGGCAGAGAGAACUCAGCGCGGCAGGGUCAGGGCUGGGGUGUAUGGAGCCUACCUGCAGGCAGCAGGCCGCGUGCUGUGUGUGUAUGUGCUGCUGUCCUUCACCUGCCAGCAGGCUGUGGCCUUCUCCAGGGGCUACUGGCUCAGCCUCUGGGCAGAUGACCCCGUGCACAAUGGGACACAGCAGCUCACAGAGCUCAGACUUGGAGUCUUUGGUGCUUUAGGAGUGGUUCAAGCCCUUGGCAGGUUUGCCUGCACAGCAGCAGUGCUGCUGGGGGGUGUGUUGGCCUCACACCAGCUCUUCCUGCAGCUGCUGAGCAAUGUCAUGAGAUCCCCAAUGCUCUUCUUUGAGCAAACACCCACUGGACACCUGCUGAACCGCUUCUCCAGAGACAUGGAUGCUGUUGAUUCUGUCAUCCCUGACAAGCUCAAGUCUGUGCUGGGAUUCUUGUUCAACUUACUGGAGAUCUACCUGGUGAUUGUGGUGGCUACACCAUGGGCAGCAAUGGCCAUAGUAGCCUUGACUGUUCUUUAUGCAGCAUUCCAGCACUUCUAUGUCAGCACCUCCUGCCAGCUGAGGCGCUUGGAGGCUGCCAGCAGGUCACCCAUCUACUCCCACAUCUCAGAAACCUUCCAAGGCAGCAGUGUGAUCCGUGCUCACAGAGACCAGCAGAGGUUUAUUUCAAAGAGCAAUUUCCUAGUGGAUGAGAACCAGCGAAUUUGCUUCCCUGGAGCUGUUGCUGACAGGUGGCUUGCUACAAACCUGGAGUUCCUGGGCAAUGGCAUCGUGCUGUUUGCAGCCCUGUUUGCAGCCAUGGGCAGGACACAGCUCAGCCCUGGAACUGCUGGCUUCUCCCUUUCCUCUGCUCUCCAGAUAACUGGUGUUCUGAACUGGAUGGUUCGCUCCUGGACAGAAGUAGAGAACAACUCUGUUGCUGUGGAGAGAGUGAGGGAAUACCUAAAGACUCCUAAGGAGGCACCCUGGACUCUGAAUGGCAAACUUCAAGGGCAAGUUUGGCCCACUGAGGGGAGGAUUGAAUUUAGGAACUACAGCCUGUGCUACAGGCCAGGUUUGGAUUUAGCACUGAGGCGUGUCAGUGUGACCAUCAACGGGCACGAGAAGAUUGGUAUCACUGGCAGAACAGGAGCAGGGAAAUCCAGCCUUGCUGUGGGCUUGCUGAGAUUGGUGGAAGCUGCAGAAGGAGCCAUCCUCAUUGAUGGACAGGACAUUGCCCAGCUAGGUCUGCAUGACCUCAGAACCAACAUCACUGUCAUUCCCCAGGAUCCAGUUUUGUUUUCUGGCUCCCUAAGAAUGAAUCUCGACCCAUUAAACCAAUACACUGAUGCAGACAUCUGGACAGCUUUGGAACUGACCCAGCUCAAGAACUUUGUUGCAGAUUUGCCAGAGCAGCUGGAAUAUAAGUGCACGGACCAAGGGGAAAACCUAAGCACUGGUCAGAAACAGCUGCUUUGCCUGGCCAGAGCACUCCUGCAGAAAGCCAAAAUCCUGGUUCUGGAUGAGGCCACAGCAGCAGUGGAUGUAGAGACUGAUGCCCAGAUUCAGUCCAUGCUGAGGGCUCAGCUCAGGGACAGCACCGUGCUGACAGUGGCUCACAGGGUGAACACGGUCCUGGACUGUGACAGGAUUUUAGUCUUGGAAAAUGGCCGGAUAGCAGAAUUUGAUACUCCAGAACACUUAAUGGCUCAGAAGGGACUGUUCUACAGACUGAUGGAAGAAUCAGGCCUUGCAUGACUCACCCAUAGCACCACCACCAGCAGGAAUAAUUGACCUCAUAAUUGAGUUAUUUUGGUUUCUCUCAAAAAUGCCUGACACUCAACCAGAGCUUGUUUGAGCCAGAACUGCAGUGAGUAGAUGGAAAGGGGUAACUUGGGAUACAUAUUAUUUCCAUAGGAAACUCAGCAAUUCCACUUCCAUUAUGUUUCCAGAUACCAAAACCUCACUUGAUUGCUGAAAACAAGCCAGUCAGGACUUAAAUACUUUUCUGGUAUAAAAGCAAACAAGUCAAAAGAGAAAGACCACAGCAUUCCUAAUUUAUACUGUAAAUGGAGCCCAAAUAUCUAUCAUACUUCAAGAUUACACAGAUUAUUUUUAAAAGCCAAAAAGAUUUUACGGACAGCAAGGAAGAAUUUAACUGGUAGCAAGGAAACUUAACUGUUUGCAGUUGAUGCUAAGCUCCAGGCAGAACUAAUGUUGUGUUUUGUCAAUGUCUUAAGGACUGCUCAGCCAGGCACUGUUCCUACACAGCUGUGGACUCCAAAGAGCAGCUGGAGCUCAUCAUCCAAAGUGCACAAACACUGGGGCAGGAGAGCACAGGCUGCCUUUGUCACCCUGGGGAUCAGAUCCACCCCUCCCUCUGCAGAGCAGAGCCAGCUCCAGCAGGGGCUCAGCAGGGCAGGACAGCAGGACAGCACGGGGAGUGCCAGCAGAGCAUCCAUCACUCCUGCCCAGGGCUUGGAGCAUCCCCACUGCCAGGUGCUCACAGCAGGGCAUGUCCAAACAUUGACACCAACAUUUCCAAACUGAAUUUGGCCAUGAGGAAUUUGCAAGGUUGGAAGUGCUCACCUCUCUGAUCCCUGCAGCACGCGAGGAAAGCAGCAGGAUCUCACCUGUUGACCUGAUGGUUCGUUCCUGGUUUUCCUCUUGAGUGCAAGUUGACUCCUGCAUGUUCCACCCUGGUGCUGCAGAGGCUCUGGCAUGGUCACCUGUCAGGUGUUGCUUUAACAAACCAAAACAGAAGCAAAAGCUUCCUGGGCUUCCCACAGUGUCUGUGGCAGAGCUGUGCCCAGGUCUCUCCUCAGGAAUCACAGCAUGACAAUGUGACAGUCCAAUAAACACUGGUCUUUACUGUGACUUUUGUUAAAGCACCCAUUUUCUAGAGAGCUGAA